GGCAACAAGUUCCAACGCGUCGAAAAAACGAAAACAAUAGUGAAAAUCGGGUGUUGAACUCAUUCGAGCCUCAGUAGUCAACAGAGAAACAAGCGUCAAAAUUUUUGUGCUGAGAGGUUAAAAAUUUAAAUUGAAAAUGCCGCGAGCAAAUAGCUGCUGUAAUCCUUUGAACAAAAAAAGUCAUAAAUGUGUGUACAAAAAUGUUGCUAUAGUGACAGUAAAUUGGAGUUUAAAAUUUGCAAAUUUCGUCGGCAAAUUUGUUUGCAAACCGUGCCAACGAGAAAUAUAUGGAAUACCAGAAGAAGAAUGUCCAUGGAAAAUUGAAAACAACCAAAAAAUAGAAUCCAUGAUGGGUGACGAAGCAUCAUCUGAUAGUGACAGCGAUAUUGUCGAUAAUUUCUACCGAGAUCCAAAUUACGUAAGUUGUGAAAAUCGGAAAGAUAAAAUAGAAAAAGUUAAUGAACUUCUCAUUGAACUCGGCGAGCCACCCCUUAAAAAACAACGUGCUUCAUUUUCAAAUUCUGGAGAAAAUGGUGAUGAUAAUAGUGAGAGCUGGAUCAAUGAUUUAAAAUUGGCUCUAUUGAAUAAAAAAUCACGAAGCGAUAAAAUUUCGUUAUUGACAACAGUUCCUCUGGAUUGGACCAUUCGACGCAUGAGAAGAGAAUUGAAUAUUUCUCGAAGAAUGGCAUCGAGAGCCAAAAAAUUACACGCUAAUUGCGGAUACGGUGCUCGUCCUAAGCCAAAAACUGGACGUCGGAUCGAAAAUUCUAUCCUGAAAAAAAUUGAAGAAUUUUAUUUGUCCGACGAGUAUAGUCGAGUUAUGCCAGGCAGAAAAGAUUACAUUUCUGUGGUAAAAAAUGGUCAGCGCUGCCAGGAACAAAAGCGACUACUCCUACACAAUCUCCGUGAUUUGCACACUAAAUUCAAGGACGCUUUUUCGGACGUUAAAGUAUCAUUAUCCACAUUCACACGACUUCGACCACGUCAAUGUAUUUUAGCUGGGCAGUCUGGUACUCAUAACGUUUGUGUAUGCAAAAUACACGAGAAUAUGAGGUUGAAGUUCGCCGCAUUGAAACAGGAGUUGAAACAAAAAGGCAUAAUCUUUGAACUCAACUACAGAGACACUUUCAAAGAUAUGAUGUGCGAUGCAGCAAAUCCAGAUUGUCAUCUUGCAAAUUGUGAAAACUGUCCUGGACCCAGUAUGAUUGCAAAUAAGUUGAAAAUAUUACUUGAGCAAAAUGGAGUAUCACAAAUUCAAUUUCAACAAUGGACAAGUACAGACAGGUGCGAACUUCUACUGAAUUCUUCAUCAAGGGAAGAAUUUUUGCAGCAACUGAUCAAAGAUUUGCCUGCCGUUGCCAAGCAUGAUUUCUUAGCUAGAUCGCAAGCAGCCUAUUUCGAGGAAAUGAAACGUAAUGUAAAUGAAGGAGAAUUUAUUGUGACUCUUGAUUUUUCCGAAAAUUAUACUUGCCAAGUACAAGAUGCCGUGCAGUCUCAACAUUGGGCUAAUGUUCAGGCAACUUUACAUCCCUAUGUAGUGUACUAUAAAAAAAUAACGCGGUCAAAAAUGAAAACUACGUCUUGAUUUCUGAAAAUUUGCACCAUGAUGCAAACGCGGUGCAUUUAUUUAACACGAAAGUCAUCGCCUACUUGAAAAGCAAAUUUGGUCAAACGAGUAUCAAAAAAGUGAUAUAUUUCUCCGAUGGAGCCGGAUCUCAAUACAAAAAUAAAUUCAAUUUGAGCAACUUGCUGCAACACAAA